UCCAUCAGUGUUUUCAGACGCCCAGGGAUUGCAGCUGGUGGGGCAUAGUUAGAGGCUACGGUAGCAAAGGAUGAGUGGAACCCUGGAAAAGGUGCUGUGCCUGAGGAACAAUAUCAUUUUUAAGCAAGUCUUUUCCUCCCUAAGAUUUAGAACUUCAGGAGAGAAUUCCAUCUAUUCUUCAGGUGGCAUUCUGCUGAGUACCUAUUGGCACUACAAGACAAAGCCCACCCAUGGCAUUGGAAGAUACAAGCACCUAAUUAAAGCACAAGAGCCCAAGAAGAAGAGGACAAAAGUGGAAGUGAAAUCCAUUAAUUUGGGGACAGAUUAUGAAUGUGGUGUUUUAAGCAUUCACCUGAGUGCAUAUGACAUGACCCUGGCAGAGAGAUAUGCCCAAUUUGUUCACAACCUCUGCAACCAACUCUCCAUUAAAGUCGAGGAAAGCUAUGUGUUGCCUACCAAAACCAUGGAGGUGUUGUGGCUACCAGACCAAGGAAACAAAAUGGUCCUUACUACCAGUCCUUACUACCAUGAGCGAAUGGUUCAGAUCAGUGGUUCAAGCGCUACAUUUGCAGAGAUUUUCUUAGAAAUAAUCCAAAGCAAUCUUCCUGAAGGAGUCAGAUUGUUAGUGAAGGAGCACAGUUAA